AUAAAAACCACGACCAUCGAAACAAUAGCUAUCAAUCUCGUCUUUGACUUCAACUCAAGUAACCAAAAAAAGUUUUAAUUCAAAAAUCAAAAAUGAUUUCUCAGUGCAUUGUUUUCGCCGUUAUUGCACUCACAGCUGUACAGGCUGGAGUCUUACCAGCAGCUUAUGUCACACCGUACGCAUCAUCUUAUAAUGCACAUACCGUGAACCAUGCAAUCGCCAGUCCAUUGGUUCAAUCAGCACCUUUGGUGGCAGCGGCUCCAGCGGUUGUUUCGUCACCAUAUGUGUCCUCACCAUAUGUAUCCUCACCAUAUGUAGCUGCCCCGUAUAGUGCAUACUCAGCUUUUCCAUAUAGUGCAUAUCCGUAUGUGAUUUUAACUCUACCGUUAUUCUUCGCCGCUGUCUCAGCUGGUGGAAUAGCCGCUCCCUUAAUCGCAUCCCCAUACAGCUAUGGACAUGGUUAUGGACAUGGUUACGGUUAUAGUGCACCAUUGAGCUACGCUCACUCAGCUCCAUUGUCGUACGCUCAUGCUGCUGCACCAUUGGCCUAUACCCAUCAUUCGUCGCCUUAUUCAUACGGUCAUGGAGCUUACUCGCAUGCUUACUCCGCUCCAAUUGUUAAAGCUGUUGCUCCAGUCGCUUAUGCCGCUCCAGUUGUGAAACAUGUUGUACCAGCUGCCACUUCAUACGCAAACACAUACAAGGUCUCACAUUCACAUCCAGUUGUUCACCAUGCCGUAGCCGCUCCAAUUGUGCACGCUGCUCCAGCCUAUCACGCCCCACUUGCCUACACUGCUCACGCUGCCCCAUAUGCCGCUUAUCACGGUGCCUCAUAUCACGGUUCAUCCAUCCAUCAUGCAGCUCCAGUAGCCUACUCGCAUGGUUACGGUUAUGGCGGUUAUGGAGGUUAUGGUGGAUAUGGUCACAGCUAUCUCCAUUAA